AUGAAACGAACUCCGAAUGGAGGAGCUCCCACUGAAUCAGAGCGUCCCGGGCCCAGAUCAAGCCACAUGUCUCGGACGGCGCUCAGCCUUCUCCUGCUACUGGCAGGGGGAGCUUGGUCGCUCGAUGGCGAAUUGCCAGAAUGUCGCAUCGGAGACGACUGCGACAAGUGCAAGCUGAUCGAAGAAGGAGCCGACUGCUCCAAGGAGACCACCACCGAGUCACUCUUCUGUGACAAGAAGACAAAUAAAACCGACAUGCAAGAGAAUGCAUUCCUCAUCUGCAACUUGGUCAAGCAGCGGAUAGAGCGGAAAAUUUGCGCUAAAGGCGAAUUUUUCAUCGACGGCCGUUGCAGGGCUCAGAAUGUCAGAUACAGACGACAAGGAAUCGCUGGGUCUGGCCGUGUUGGCGACUUCUGCUCGUUCAACACCGAUUGCUUGACGGGUAUGUUCUGCUCUACCGGAACCUGCACUUGCCUCAGCAACUUUGUCGCCAUCCAGGGCUAUUGUUACUUGAAGAAAAACCCCGGUGAGUCUGGAUGUCAAUACGCUGAGCAGUGCUCUGCUGUCUGGCCGGAGUCGCGGUGCGAGAAGUCGCGUUGCGAAUGCCCAGAAGACGUCAACGGAAUUCCGUACGUGCAGUCGAAGAGCAGAGAUGGAGUCGUCUGCAUCCUCCAUUCUGGAGAAGACGCCGAUCCGGUGCCGAAGUGCCCCCUGCCAGAAUAUGACGACGAUCUCCUGACGAUGCCCGUUUCGCAGUUGAGAAAUCCCGCUAUGACUGACCCAGAUGAUGCUGAUAUUGCUAUGGGAGACCACAUCAACCCCCUCCAAUUCUGCAGCAGCCAGUCGACCGACUACACCACUUUUGGAGCCAACGGCGGAGGCGCUUGCGUUUAUACCACCGAUCAGCAAGACCCGUCGGCUGGUGUCUUCAUCGCUGACGUUUACGAUUGCGUUACGGCAGUUACCUCAAUGAACAAUGUGAAGACUGCUAUGGAGGGGGUCUACGAUAUCCAUCCCACCGCUGAUGGUAUUUGUUGCCCGAACCGCGCCUUCACGUGCAUCCAACCGAAGCGCGAAGCCGAUAGUGGGUCCGCAGCACCCGCCGGAGUCAGACCGAGAUGGUGGUAUAACGCGGUGACAGGCACCUGCGAGCAGUUCAUGUGGGACCCGUGGGAUGAGUCCGAGAUGCAGUCACCAAACAACUUCAAGACGAGAGAGCACUGUGAAAGCUACUGCAGAGACACAUGCAAGCGUGGUUCCCCACAAUACUUGACCGGCCAGACCCAGAAUGAAGACGAACCCGUCAACAAUUGCCAGACUGCCUCGACUUGCACUUCGAACUUCGAAUGCAAUUCUGUUGGAUCCAUGCAGCUUUGCUGCCCCACUGUUGCCUCCAUUUGCUCAAAUGCUGGUGGCCGCCCGGCUGAUCUCCUCCGCUCGACCAACUUCGACCCUGGCUUCACAAUGAAGAGGAGCUUCUCCCUGACCUAUGCCACUUCCAGCAGGUACUACUACGAUGCUGAGCAAGGUCGCUGCAUCGCCUUCACCUACAAUGGCGCCCUUGGAAACUACAACAACUUUAAGUCUGCCGCUGAAUGCGAGCUCUUCUGCGCCAAGCUCCAGUGCACCUACGGUACCCCACUGAAGAUCGGAGCUGCUAACCAGCGCUGCUCGACGAACGCUGAUUGCCCGUCCACCCACGAGUGCCAGUCGGACCACAAUGUGUGCUGCCCAAGGCCACAAGCCAUCUGCUCCCAGCCACUCCGUCUUGGUGACUGCAAGCAGUCGGUGCGCCGUUAUUGGUACAAUGCCGUUACUCGCGCCUGUGAGAUCUUCGACUACACUGGAUGCCAGGGCAACGACAACAAUUUCGAGACUCUUUUGGAGUGCCAGAAUACCUGCGAGAACAUCAUCCCGGAGCCUCAGUGCCCUCAGGGUGACGCUUACAAGGAUUAUCAGGGCAACUACUAUACCUGCUCCAACUCUGGUACCGGCAAUGUGUGCCCAGUGAAUUAUGAGUGCUACUUUGACGGCUAUGUUUGGGGAUGCUGCCCAACCAAGGCAUACACUUGCACCCUUUCUCCUCAUAAGGGAGUCACUUGCGGAUCUGGAUCGAGCUAUCGAUACUACUACAAUGCCCAGACUCAAGAGUGCGAGAGCUUCCAAUACAACGGUUGCGACGGAAACUCAAACAACUUUGCCUCUCGCGAUGAUUGUGAAGGAUACUGUGGCGUUGGAGGUUGCCCCAACGGUGGUACCCCUGAAAGGAACGAAUUUGGACAGCUGAUGGUCUGCAGCGCUUCUACCGUUUGCCCAACUACCCAUGAAUGCACUUCAGUCACUUCCGGAUCUUCUGUUGUCAACCGUUGUUGCCCGACUCGAGCUCACAUCUGCUCCCUUCCCCCGCAGCAAGGAUCUUCUUGCUCCAGCUCGGCCGCUGCUCGUUAUUACUUCAACAUCGUGACCAAGGAAUGCACUCAAUUUACCUACAAUGGCUGCUCCGGAAACCUCAACAACUUCGGAACCGCCGAGCAGUGCAAUAACUUCUGCUUGUCGGCCGCUUGCACUCCUGGUGAUGUCGCCUACGUGAACCCCAACACGAACCUCCCCUAUGAGUGCAACGCUGCUCUGUCCAACUCCUGCCCCACCAACUUUGCCUGCACAUACGAUCAGCUGAGCGGUAACUCGGUCUGCUGCGGAGCCACGAAUAUGGACGUGUGCCCCGAUGGUGAGAAGGCCUACGUCAACGCCGCCGACAUGUCGGUGCGUGAAUGUCUGAUCAACGUUGAAGGCUCCUGCCCUUCGAACUACCUGUGCCGAUUCAAUGCGUUGAAGAACCGUUACUACUGCUGCGCCUCGAUCUCUGGAGAACUCUGCCCAUCUGGCAAGGCUCUCUUCCGCGAAGCAGCUUCAAAGGCGCCGAUCCGGUGCACCAUUUCUUCAAACUCGAACCAGUGCCCGACCGGAUACUCGUGCCAGUCAGACGUCCCCGGAGCUUUCCAGGGAUACUGUUGCUCCGCGUCAGCCCUUUGCCCGAAUAAGGCGGAGUUCUAUCUUGAGGAGAAGACCCAGAUGCCCCGCUCCUGCACCAUGGGAUCGUUCAUCACUUGCCCGACGGCAUUCACCUGUCAGUCCAACUCGGCCGACGCCAAGAACGGACACUGCUGCCGUGGUGAAGAGAAGAGCGUCUCAGAUGGUUGCCCACCCAACGAGUACGUCUACAUGAAGGACAACGAGAUCGCUCCCUGUGAUCCGUUCAACCCCCCGAAUGCUCCAUGCCCGAAUGGAUACUCCUGCCAAUGGUCUCUGGCUAACCAGAGGUACCAGUGCUGUGGUGCGACCCCGAUCUCCUCCCCGAAGAGCGUCUCUGCUCUUGGAUGCCCCAACAACCAGGUUGCCUUCAAAGAGCCAUCAAGCAAUGCUCCUCGCAUCUGCACGGCUGCGGCCUCGAACUGCCCGACCGGAUACUUCUGCCAGUUCUCGUCCGGCAACAAUCAAUUCCAAUGCUGCGGCAUGAGCGGAGGAUGCCCCAACGAUCAGGUCGCCUUCAUCGGAAUCAAUGGUGAUGCCCAGUCUUGUGUCAUCGGCCAGUCGACCUGCCCGCAAGGCUACUCUUGCCAACGCUCCGUCACUGGAUCCCAGCUUUGCUGCACAUCUACUGAAAUCACCUGCACUGAGACUCAAGUCCUUGUCGAGGGAGAGUGCCUGAACAAGGCUUCUCUGGGAGAGAUGUGCAAGAACCAAGUCCAGUGCCCAAGCGGCUCCAUCUGCCAUAACAACAAGUGUGGAUGCUCCCCAGGAAUGGAAGUUGAGAACGGAAUCUGUGUCAAGAAAUGCGAGGAGUCCGAGAUCCGUCACAACGGAGAUUGCUUGUCGAGGGCUCUGGUUGGAGAAGAGUGCAAGGUUGACACCCAGUGCCAAGGAGGAGCCGCUUGCGAUGAGGGCAUCUGUGCUUGCCCCGAGGGACAGGAACCAGUCGACGACAUCUGCAUUGAAAAACCCAAGUCACGACCAACCACGCUCAGCACCUGCCCAAUCCCCAGCCAGCGACCGUACAUUGAUCCGAGGUCCAAGAAGGCCCGAUUCUGCAGCGCUAGCCGCAACAACUGUCCUCGUGGAUACACUUGCCAAUUCUCCGCCACUGCCCAACAAAACAUUUGCUGCGGAGGAGCCGGAGGAUCCGGUGGAUCUGCCGCUGGUGGCAAGGUCCAGCACACCACCGUUGAGCCAAAGAUCGAGCGCCCGGAACGCAAUCGUCAGACGUUCUCCACCCUCUCGACCAAGGUUGAUGUCUGCGACUGCACAAACAAAGCCUGCCCGAAAGAGUACAAAUGUUUGUUCUCAAAGAAGACCAGGAAUUAUUAUUGUUGCUCGACGUCGAAGCACUCAUCUGGCGGAGCUUCUCUUCGAGGCACUGAGGGUGGAUCAGACACCUUCGGAUGCCCGAACGGUGCUGCUGCACUUUUGUUCCCGUCUACAGGAACACCAGUGCAGUGUACCACUCAGGGUGGUAACUCAUGCCCAUCCGGAUAUGAUUGUCUCCGAUCGGCGACUACGAAGCGCUACCAAUGCUGCUCCAUCGCCAAGAAGGGCAAGGACAACUCUUCCGGCCCAUGCCCGGACGGCAAAGUGCUAGUGCAGCGUAUUGUUGGUGAACAAAUCGUCAAGCGAUGCGAGGCCAAAUGCCCACCCCACCAGGCGCCAAUCCGCGGAGUGUGCAGAGACAUGUACCAGGCCGACGAAGAAGAG